AUGCUUAAAUGCCAUAAAAGGCAAGCAACUUUAACAUUUGCAGCUAGUUUAUUACUUCAAAACGGCAACUUUGUUACUGCUACACCUUUUUUCAAUAUACCAGAUGUAGCUAAUCAUGCUAAUGACGCAUCUGUCGACUCAAGUUGUGAAGGAUUUAGGAUUACUUAUCCACAUACAGCAGGUCUUGCUUUUGAAGAGUCGAGUAAACAUAUUGUUGCAUGGCAAGCACCAGACAAUAUAAAGCAAGUCAACCUUACUUUAGUGAAUAGUCAUUCCCCUUCCAAUCAAGUAUAUAUUGGCACUUUUGACGCAAAUGAUGGUGCAACUCAUGAAUUUCCGUUGGUAUUAACUGAUGACAAUUCAAGGGAUUACCAUUUUCAUCUCUCUGGUCAAGGUUUACGUCAAUUUUGUGAAACUGACUCAACUUCAUUUCAAAUUCAUAAGAAAGAAGAUCAAGCCACUACUACAGCUGCUUCCAACUCGAAGUCUUCCUCAUCUUCAAACAAGAAAGAUAUUGAUCAUGUUCACGAAGAAACUCAAGCUAAUGGCAGUAAUAAUGAAAGUCAUGAAAAUGAUUCCAAUUGGAGCUCUACAUUAGAUGAAAUUACGAAAUUAACUUCAGGAAACACAAACUCACACAGCAACGAAGACUCUUCUACAACAAAAGCUGCAGAAGAUCAAUCCUUUUAUGAUUAUAUCAGUAGCUUAGAACAAGAUUAUAAAAAGUAUAUACAAAAAAAUAAAGAAACUGAAAAGGAAAUUGUUACUCAUAAAAAUGAUGCUAGCCAUUCUUGGUCUACAGAUGAAGAUGACACAGCACAACAUGCAAAUGGUGCUACUUCUACUGCUGCUUCUGGAAAGAGUUGGCAUUCAAAUGAUUCUACAAAUGAAUACCAAACUACAGGUGCUACUAAUCAACAUCAAAAUGACAGUGAGUGGGUAGUAGAAGAAGACGCUAAUAACCAUCACAAUGGCUGGACCACUGAAGAUAUCGAGAAAGAUGAAGCCACACCUAACUCUACUGGUUAUCAUGCAAAUGAUAGUGAGUGGGUAGCAGAAGAAGAUGCCAAUGACCAUCAAAAUGGUUGGGUUACCGAAGACAUUGACACUGCUACUGACAACCACAACAAUAGCGAAUGGCAAGGUGACGGUUCCGGUGUAGCUAGCGCACAUCACUAUAAUGACAGUGAGUGGGUAGUAGAAGAAGACGCUAAUAACCAUCACAACGGCUGGACCACUGAAGAUAUCGAGAAAGAUGAAGCUAUGCCUAACUCUACCGGAUAUCAUACGAAUGACAGUGAGUGGGUAGAAGAAGAAGACACUAACAAUCAUCAAAAUGGUUGGGUUACCGAAGAUAUUGACACUGCUACUGACAACCACAACAAUAGCGAAUGGCAAGGUGACGGUUCCGGUGUAGCUAGCGCACAUCACUAUAAUGACAGUGAGUGGGUAGUAGAAGAAGACGCUAAUAACCAUCACAACGGCUGGACCACUGAAGAUAUUGAGAAAGAUGAAGUCACACCUAACUCUACUGGUUACCAUGCAAAUGACAGUGAGUGGGUAGCAGAAGAAGACACUAACAACCAUCAAAAUGGUUGGGUUACCGAAGAUAUUGAUACUGCUGCUGACAACCACAACAAUAGUGAAUGGCAAGGUGACGCUUCUGGUGUAGCUAGCACACAUCACUAUAAUGACAGUGAGUGGGUGGUAGAAGAGGACGCUAAUAACCAUCAAAAUGGUUGGGUUGCCGAAGAUAUCGAGAAAGAUAAUGCUACACCUAAUUCCACCGGAUAUCAUGCAAAUGAUAGUGAGUGGGUUGAAGAAUCUGAUAGUCACAAUAAUGCUAAUGAAUGGGUAUCAGAAGAAGCCGAACUUAAUACUGAAGAGCAUUCCAAUUAUCAUGUUAAUGACAAGGAAUGGUUUGAAGACUCUAAUGAACAUAAUAAUGUUGGUGGAUGGACAUCCAAAGAAACUGAAACUGAUAGCAAUAGUCAUGUUAAUUACCAUAUUAAUGACAAAGAAUGGCAAGAAGACGAUGUGCAUACCAAUAAUGCACCUUCUUGGAUUGAAGAUACUACUCACAAUAACUCAGGAUGGGUUUCUGAAGAAAGUCAUACUAAUUAUGUUCCUGAAGAAAUUUCACUUCUCCAUAAUGAUCACUCUAAUUCAUGGACUGGUCUUGAAAAUACCCAUAGUAAUAACGUCAAUGAAUGGCAAGAUGAAUCAGAACCAGCUGCCCAUAACAAUGAAUGGAUUAACUGGUGAGCCGUAUAAAAGCCGUAUAAAUGUAUCGUCUCUUGUUCGUCAUAUGAAAUUUUCAC